CCGGGAGAGAACAACGCGGAAAAGGUGGAGUCCAAGUUGGGAGUUGGUUGAAUACGGAAGCCGACCAGACCCGCACUAUUCACCGGACCGAAACCAGAACCACUACUCUAAUCUUCUCCUCGCCUCUUUCUUACUUUCACUCCAUCUUGAGAGGCGCUAAGUGGUCAUUUCUCGUUGCCUUAGGACGCGACGCGCAUACACCGCCUGCUAGCUGCUAACAGCUAGUUAGCCUGCUAGCUGCUAACGUCAGAGACAGGCUCCGCCCCCCCCCCCCUGACGCACUUGCUCGACUUGUUUGUGCAAAGACGAACAAAACCAUGAGCGGAGGAGUGAACAGCAUCGAGGCGGUGAAGAGGAAGAUCAAAGUUCUUCAAGCGCAAGCUGAAGAAGCUGAGGACCGAGCGGAGAAGCUGCAAUGCCAGCUGGAGGAGGAGAAGAGAACCCGGGAAGAGGCUGAGGCGGACGUGGCGUCCCUCGGUCGCCGUCUGCAGCUGACCGAGAACAAUCUGGACCAGACCCACGAGCAGCUGACCGAGGCCAUCUCCAAGCUGGACAAGCUGGAGAAGGCGGCCGACGAAAGCGAGAGGGGGAUUCGCGUGAUCGAGACCCGAGCCAUGAAGGACGAGGAGAAGAUGGAACUUCUGACGGUCGACCUUAAACAAGCCCAGGUCAUCGCCGAGGAGGCCGACCGCAAAUACGAGGAAGUGGCUCGUAAGCUGGUGAUGGGGGAGCAUCAUCUGGAGCGGGCAGAAGCCCGAGCGGAGCAAGCUGAAAGCAAAUGUCGCCAGUUUGAGGAUGAGCUAAAAACCCUCUCUGCGAGCUCUAAGAGUCUGGAGUCUCAGACUGAGAAGUUCUCCCACCAGGAGGAUCGCUAUGAGGACGAGAUCCAGAAACUGAGCAGCAAACUAAAGGAGGCCGAGACCAGGGCUGAGUCUGCAGAGCGUACGGUAACCAGGCUGGAGAAAACCAUCGACGGUCUGGAAGAGUCACUGGAAGCGGCCAAGAACGCCAACAUGGAGCUGCACGCCACCCUCAACAAGACCAUGGAGGAGCUCAACUCGUGCUGAACGCAAAAGGGAACUACUCGCCAACAUUCCUCUCAUUAACAAAGCGCGUUAGUGUGAUUAGUCGCUCGCUUGAUAAUUUUCCUGCUCGGGGAACCAGCCAAUCGUAUUCUUCUGCCAAGCUUAAGGGGCCAAUUAGAGAGGUGCAAGACACGCCUCUCCGGAUGAAAACACGUUUUUAUGCUGUGAUGACGCCGUCACAAGACGGCUUUUUCUAAAAUAAAAGCACCACGUUCAA